AUAUAUAUUGCUCGUAAUCUGAGAGAAUAGAGCAACUCCCGACGGCGAUUCCAUUGCUUGGUCUUGCUAAUCAUUUCAUGGCUUCGGUUUUCGCUCCAGAGACCAUGAAGAUUCAGACUAAACACAUCGUUUUCUUCUCGAUUCUGAUUUUUUUCAUGCAUUCAUCUUCAAUCUCGGCGCAAGAAGUUGAGCAUGAGAUAGAGUUUGACUACACAAAAGGGAGCGAUAAAGGGCCAGAACUUUGGGGAAAGCUAAAGAAAGAGUGGGAAGCUUGUAACAAUGGAAAAUUGCAAUCUCCCAUAGAUUUAACAAGCCGGAGAGUGAAGACUAUUCCAGAGUUGGGAGAGCUAAAGAGAAGUUACAAGCCUUGCGAUGCAACAAUAAAAAAUAGGGGCCAUGAUAUUUCUCUAUAUUUUGAUGGUAAUGCAGGGUCAAUCGAGGUAAACGACGUCGUUUAUAACCUUCAACAAGUCCAUUGGCACUCACCUUCUGAGCAUUCAAUCAAUGGAAAAAGGUACGACUUGGAACUCCACAUGGUUCACUUGAGUUCUGAUCCCAAUUCGAAGAACAAAAUUGCUGUUGUUGGUCAACUCUAUAAAAUUGGAAAACCAGACCCUGUUCUCUCACUGUUGAGUAAGGACAUUAGCAGCAUGAUUAAUCAGAAGCAUGAAAAGAAGAUGGGAGUGAUGAAUCCUGAUGACAUCAAGAUUAGUGGAAAAAGGUACUACAGGUACCUUGGUUCUCUCACUGUUCCUCCGUGUACUGAAGGUGUGAUUUGGACCAUAAACAAGAAGAUAGGGACAGUGUCAAAGGAGCAAGUGGAACUUCUAAGGGAGGCUGUUCAUGAUUAUGCAGAGUUCAAUGCAAGACCAGUGCAGCCACUCAAUGAUCGAGAAAUCCAUCUUUAUUCGCCCAACUCAAAGAACUGAAGGCUGAUUAUCCAAAUUUCAUCAUGCCAUCUCUCGCCUAUUUUUUUAAUUGUUUAAAUUAUGCUUUUAAUUCUGCUAAUUUGAAUUGGACCUUUAUAAGGUUUUAAUUCCCUUA